AUUUUAACGUCUACAGAUGAUCAAGAAAUUCUCGACACGUUGGAAUAUUUAAAGUCUUCAUCAUCCAACACAGGACUUAUACAUGAAUCAUUUUGGUACAAGGAUUCAAAUAAUUUUACAAGACCAUGGUUUGC